UCUCUCUCUCUCCUCGCUUGCUUGCUUCCACCAGGCAGCAAGCUCACCAAGCAGCAGCUGAGCCGCCUCCGUCCUCCUUGAGGAGAGAGAAACGGAAAGAGGCAGGCAGCGGGAGCACGCGCAAUUGCUGAGUUGCUGCUACACACAUCGCAGCAGUGCACACCACAUCCACACGCGCGCGCGCCCGGGGGAUGGAGUGACAAGCAUCGGGUUGCUUCCGGCGAUGGCCAUUGCCAACCCCGCGCCAUCCCCUUCGUCAUGCGUACAAGCCAUCCCCACAUCACCCCUCCACUACCUCCUCCUCCUCCUCCUCGCCUGACGGCAUCCGCCGCGCCGGCACCGCACCCCCGCAGAGCUCCACAAAACCCACCGCAAAUCCAUCCCCCCUCUUCCCCGGCCCCAGCAUUCAUUCCUCUUGCUUCCCCGAAACCUCGCGCUCGGUCUGACGCAACGCGCCUUCGAUCCCUGAGAUAAAGCCCGCCGCUUUCCGCCCCUUCCGCCAAAUCCAGUUCUUGAUUUUUCCCGAGCUCUCGGAAUUUCUCUAUUGGUUUGGUUCUUGGGAACCCCUUAGGUUGCCAGAAUCCUUGGGUUCUGCCAAUGCUCGCUGGUUUGAUCCAUUUUAGUUCCUGAAACGUUUCUUGAUUAUUUGGUCCUAGAUUCCAUUCGUCCAAGGGGAGUUUUUUUUUCCCUUUUUGGGGGUUUCUGAUUUGAGUGUGUCACCUAGCGUCUCUGCUUCCGGCAAUGGGGAACGGCCACAGCAGCGGCAGCAGCAGGCGUCCGGAGACGUCGGAGCCGGCGCUGCCGCCUGAGGCGGCGCCGGCGGAGGAGCUGAGCUCGUACGAGGCGGCGUGCCAGUCGGACCCGGAGCUGCGCACGUUCGACACGACGCUGCAGCGGCGCACGAGCCGCGCCAUCUCGACGCUGGCGGUGGGCGUCGAGGUGCGUUCGCUGUCGCUGGACUCCCUCCGCGAGGUCACCGGCUGUCUCCUCGACAUGAACCAGGAGGUGGUGCGCGUCAUCCUCGACUGCAAGAAGGACAUCUGGAAGAGCCCCGAGCUGUUCGACCUCGUCGAGGACUACUUCGAGAGCAGCCUCCACACCCUCGACUUCUGCACCGCGCUCGACAAGUGCCUCAAGCGCGCCCGCGACUCACAGCUCCUCCUCCACGUCGCGCUCCAGCGAUUCGACGACGAGGAGGACGCCGCCGCCGCCGCCCCCUCCGCCCGGUACGCGCGCACGCUGCACGAGCUGCGCCAGUUCAAGGCAGCCGGCGACCCCUUCACGGAGGAGUUCUUCGCCGCCUUCCAGGCCGUGUACCGGCAGCAGCUGACCAUGCUGGAGAAGCUGCAGCAGCGCAAGCACCGGCUCGACAAGAAGAUCAAGACCAUCAAGGCGUGGCGCCGGGUGUCAAGCAUCAUCUUCGCGACCACGUUCGCGGCCGUCCUCAUCUGCUCGGUGGUUGCCGCGGCCAUCGCUGCCCCGCCUGUCGCUGCCGCGUUGGCCGCGGCCGCUGCAGUUCCCCUGGGGUCUAUGGGGAAGUGGAUCGAUUCAUUGCUGAAAGGGUAUCAGGACGCGCUCCGAGGACAGAAGGAGGUGGUUAGCGCAAUGCAGGUCGGCACGUUCAUUGCCAUCAAGGAUUUGGACAGUAUCAGAGUUCUCAUCAACCGGGUGGAGGUGGAGAUCAGCUCAAUGAUCGACUGUGUAGAGUUUGCAGAGCGGGAUGAGGAGGCGGUGAAAUUUGGGGUGGAGGAGAUCAAGAAGAAGCUGGAAAAUUUCAUGAAGAGUGUUGAGGAUCUUGGGGAGCAGGCAGACCGGUGUAGCCGGGAUAUCCGACGGGCUAGGACCGUCGUGCUGCAAAGGAUCAUCCGGAAUCCAAACUGAAAAGAAAAAAAAAAGAGGAGGAAUGUAAGGGAUUGGUGACAGUGAUGUGCAUGAAAGGGUCUGUGGCUUAGACGAAGAAGCAAACAAAGUAAUGAUUGUCCUAAAGCAACAAAUAAUGCUCGUGGACUUGUGUGAAGAAGAAUCCGCAUAACUAACUUAUAUGUUCCUUAUCCAAUUGUCUGAUAUUUAUGGUUAAGAACACCGGCAUGAUUCUUUUCCCCUCCUUAUACCUUAUUUUUAGGACAUCACUAUACUGUUCUCUGGGUAGUAUACUCGUAUCCCUAUAUAUCUCUCCUAAUAAUCGCCAUGAGAAAUGCUGAGUGUAUUUGGCACUGGGAGUGCUGCCUGUUUCUUUCACCUCUGACAUUCAGUUGAAGCCAAAGAGGUACUUGUGCACCGUU